UGGAGCCCCCCAGGAUGCCGCAGCGGGGUGGCAGUGCCCGGGGCCUGAAGCAGAAUCGCAGCUGCCGGCCCCCUCGCCGGGACUGGCGCUCUCUGCUGCCGGACCUUGAAAGGAUGGUGCCGUGGCCCCGUGGCAGGGGGGGACGCCGCACCCAGGCGCAGGUGCUGGAGAACGUCCUGGGAUACAUCCGGUACCUGCAGAGGACCCUGAGCAUCAUCCAGGGUGGGGCAGGCCACCCUGGUGACGGUGACACCGCGGAGGUGGGACUGAGCACUGGGGCCGCAUGGGGGUCCCCCAGGCAGUGGUUGGUGCCCUACGAGAAGGAGAAGGAGGAGGAGAUGGCGGGGGCCAGCAACCCCUGGCUGGGCCCUGCUGGGCCCUACUGGGAGGCUCUGGGCUGGGAAGGGGGGUUCCCCCUGUCUCCCUGCCCACGGCAGGAGGGGCUGCUGGGGCUCAGUCCCUCCCUGCUGGCCUCACCACCCCCCCCGGGUCCCCCCGAUGAAGUGGUACAAGGUUCAGCCCCCUCCUCACAUCUGGGGGGUCCCCCCAAGUGUGUGUGCCCGCCCAGGCACUGCAACAUGGUGCUGGAGAACAUAAAGGUGAUAGGGACAAAGGUGACCAAGAGAGGGAAGGGGAAGAAGAAGUUCAAGCUGGUGAACAAGGACCAGGACAUCUCCAAGAUGUUCCUUCAUGGUAACUCCAUCAUGGUCGACCUCCACAACCUCCUGUCGUGGUUUGGGCCUGAGGUGCUGAAGGCUGAGGGCUGUGCCACAGCCAUGGUUGGCAAGUGGCACCUUGGCCUGGGGAUUAAUGUCUCCCUCCUGUCCAUACACCAGGACUUUGACCACUUAUUGGAGGUACCCUACUCCCAUAACCAGGUUUCUUCCCUUUCCAGGCAAUCAGGGAUAUACAUUUCUUGUGGUGACAACCACGGCAUUGAGCCACAAAACCGAGAGCAGUACUUGAGUCAUCUGCAGCAGAAAGAAGUUACAGUACAGCAUUUGAAAACAAAGCUGAAGGAGUCUGAGAGCAAACUUGAAGAAAGGGAAACAGAAAUAGAAGAGCUCAAGGCUCAGCUGGCACGGAUGAAGGAAGACUGGGUUGAGGAAGAGUGUAAGCAUGUGGAGCUGGAGCUGCACUUCUGGGAAGCGAGAAGGGAAAGUCAGGAACUCCAGCAGGCUGUUGAAAGCAUGAGAAACAGCUUGGCUGAGAAAGAGAAAAAAAUUCAGAAAUACUUCAUAGACAUAAGCAUUGAAAACAGGAAACUGGAAGCUUUGCUGCAGGGCAUGGGGAUGGCUCAGAAGAGCUCUGUGAGAGAUGAGCAGUGCCUGGAGUCCACGUGGGACUCAGAGGGGAAGCCGUUAGCGUUGUGUGCCACGAUGCCAGGCAGCCUCACCACGGAGGACCAAGCUCUGGAGGAGGUGGCAGGCAGUGGGCUGCUUCUUAAUGAGGACACCGCUAACGGGACUGACUCAUUUGAAGAGUAUUUGACCGCCACAACUUCUGGGUCGAGCGAUCCAGCUCCCUCCAGUUCCUCUGAGUGUCAAGAGAUGCUUGAAAAUGUUCUGGAUGAAAAAUCAACUUCUUCUCAGGAGGAGGAGAAAAUCAGCAAGGUGAUGGUGGAACAGGCCAUCCCAACUGACCUGGUGCCAUAAAGCCUAGAUGUGGAGUAGCUCGUUCAGAACAUCUUCAGAGCUCGAGAUGCCUGCCCUCUAAUCCCACCUGCUUUACUGAAGGAAUUGGGUGAAAUUUCUCUUGGAAGCAUCUGUGAUUCUGUUAUCCUCGUGGACCUAACUCCAAGUGAUCCAAACCCUGUCAUCCUUUUUGUGAGAACAAAGAAUUGCUAG